AUGUCACUUGAAACAGGAACAUAUUUUAUAACAUCCAACUACUCAAAUGGAAUUGUAGGGAGGAACACCGCCAAUGAUGGGGAGCAGAUCUUCAGUCUCCCUCCAUUCUCUGACCCUCAACAGUGGGAAAUCAUAAAGCUCUGCGAUGGCUAUAGCCUUCGCAUUGGGGGAACUGAGACUGCUGAACUCAACGGUAUGGUUCAUGCACUGACUCACGAUCAACCGAUGGCUGAAAGCUGGGAUAUCAAACCCCACGAGCAGCAUGGUCCCAAUAUGUAUACGUAA